UUCGCAGAGGUUCUCAGAUGGGCCGGCCUCGACAGCUACAAGAUCCAGCCCAAAGUCUGAUUGCCCUUCUAUGAAAUGCUCAAGUUCUACAAGGAUGUUAUGCGCAUGUUCCUUCUCGUUGUUGGCCAUUUUCAGCUCGUCUCUUACCCUUCUAUACAGAUAAUAGGGAUUCGAACGGGAUCGCCAUUGCCUUCUGGAUGGGAGAAGCUUUUCCAAUUGUUAGUUUAUUUCUUGGUAGAAGAUUAUACCAACUACUGCAUUCACAGAUUUUUGCAUAGCAAAUUGGGGUAUGAGAAAAUCCACAGAGUUCACCAUAAGUACACUGCUCCAUUUGGGUUUGCAACACCAUAUGCUCCUGGCCACAUGGUCACAUUCUGGUUGUGGAGCAGAUUGGGGCCAUUGAAAACACGCAGCGGUGAUGACUUCCCCUGGCGGUGCUAAGUACCACGAUUACCAACACUAUAUUGGAGGACAAAGCCAUAGCAAUUUUGCUUCAGUUUUCACCUGCUGUGAUUACAUUUAUGGAACUGACAUGGUAUGCUUUUCUAAUGAUCUUAGCUGAUUGAUUUGGCAAUCAUUCACUCUUGAUCAAUUCCAAUAGGGAUACAGGUAUCAGAAGAAGAUCCUUACGAAGGUAAACCUGCAAAACCUUUUCUCCUGAGAUUAUCAAUUGGUUGCUUCCAGGACUACUUUCACACUUUCCCCAUAUUUUGCUUACGGCCUUAGGCAACCGCCUCUGACCCCAACCAUGCAUUAUCUGUCAGUUAUAAAAUUGAAUUGGCAUGACAGGUCUUUUUAUCUUGGAUUUUGCAUUUGUUUCUCCCGUCUAACCAAUCUCGGUGAUCCAUAUCAGUUGAAAGAGGAAAGUUUUGGUGUCCAAAACAGUGGUUCAUAUAAUAAUUCUACUGUAGAUCUUAAAUCUGAUUAGCAUGGAGACUGCGUAACCUUGCCUGCAGAAAUGCCCUUUCGGUAUUGUUCUCACUGGUGACAACUCUACGAAACAUCUGAUUUUCAAGUUGACAUCACCAUGCUAGGGUGGUAAAGUAGAAGCUUUUAGUGGCUCAGGGGCAGAUUAACUUUGGGUUUUUCAGAGUUGUGAUUUUGGGUAGCUUCAGAGAGAGAAGGGGUGGGGAUGGAUUUCAAAAUCAGUUAGAUUGUAAGGUUCAGAGUCCAGACUUGUGUUUUUGGCAGUAUGUUCAAAUUAUAAUAUUAUGAACUCGUGCAGUGUUUGUGAUCCCGAAAUUUAAUUGCCGGUGUUUCUUUAGCCGGAGUAUGAAAUCAAAAUAUGAA